AUGGCAGUCCUCACCUCUGUAUUUGUGGGAUCUAUAAUCUCAGCAAUGUUGUAUGGUGUGACCUGUGGUCAGGCAUGUCAUUAUCUCAGGAUAUAUCCUAAGGAUGGGGCCCGAAUGAAAGGAAUGAUGUGUCUCAUGGGCCACUACAUGUGGUUCUUAUUCAUACGCAAGUGCGAUGGGAAAUCCCCAUUGGACACAAAUAUGUGGUUUUUAACAGGAGUAAUUCAUAUGGAACCUAGUUUUCAUACUAUCAGAGGACUGAGUGAUUGCCAGCAAAUUGUUAUCUUCAUGGUUCAAUGCUUUUAUAUCAGAAAGAUAUGGAAUUGCAAGAUCAGGUUUGCAUACACCCUUUCACUGGAUCAUCCAGUCUCCGUCACAGUGGAUGCUGUAUUCAAGUACUUUGAGCCUUCACUAGGUGAUAUUCAAAGCCAAGAUGGCAGAAAAGCCAAAGUAGGUGCUGAGCUCCCCAUAGCAUAUGUUGUAACAUCUCUCCUUGGCCAGAUUCUGCUACUGGUUGCCUUGAUCAUGAACAUUGUCAUAGAUGUUGGGAUCACAGGGAGCAUGUGUCAAGUCAUGCUUCAGCACAAAGCAUCAUCACUGUCUAAUUCCAGAUCUGUUGUCAAAGGCAUCAUACAGUGGGCAGUUGCAACUGGAUUGACAGUCACCUGCUGGAUUCACACAGGCAACCUUUGCAGUGUAGCUGCCAUCACAUUGAUGGUUGAAGCCCUAGUCCUUGCAAAGAAUGACUUUGUCCCAGCUGGUUUAUAUCUCAUUGGAGCAAAAUUAUACGCCAAUUCCAUGCUUGCCUCCUCAUCAGUUCUACAGACUCAAUGGCCGUCAAUCAAUUAG